CCAUGUUCGGAUGAACCUCAACCGUCCCUUCUCCUUCUUCCUUACGCCACCGCCGCCAGCAGCCACCUCCACCACCACCACUGCCGGCAACUCUCCCUCUUAGAUCGGAUCCCUUCACAUCAACCCAUGAGAAAUUGAAAGCUCCAACUUCACAAAUCUCUCUUUCCCUCUCUCAAAUGCAUUAAAUUAAUCAAAAGUGAAAAGUUCCCUCGCACCUCUUCGCCAUUAAUUAAACAUUUCAUUGUCAUCCCCGUCAUAAAUUUUCAACUGGGUUCCAAGAAGAAGGAGGAAAGGUUCCAGCUUUGAGCUGAAUUUCGGUUUGGUUUUUUUCCCCCUCUGGGUUUGUUGGAGAAAGAGAAAUGGGGAAUGUGACGUCGAACGUGGCGGCGAAAUUUGCCUUCUUCCCGCCGGACCCGCCGACGUAUGACGUGCUGGAGGAGGAAGAAGGGAGGCUGGUGGUGCCAGGUGUCACGGGGGACAAGAACAUGGAUGUCCAUACGUUGGAUACCAAAGCUGGGAACAAGGUUGUGGCCAUGUUCUGGAAGCACCCUUUUGCCAGAUUCACCCUUCUCUAUUCCCAUGGCAACGCCGCCGACCUCGGCCAAAUGCAUGAGCUCUUCAUUGAGCUCGGGGCUCAUCUCCGAGUCAACAUCAUGUGGUUAGAAACUCUGGCUUUUGUUUUAAUGUUCUGUUUUCUGAUGAAGUUCAAGGGCAUUGUUGAUUUGAAUCAACAUGAAGAAGAAGUCCAGAAACCCAAAGGAAUGCAGAAGCUGAAGGUUGCAGAACUUGCAGAAGAAGAAGAACGAUGGAGUUGAGGCUCUUGGUGAAGAAACGUUUCAUGUUGGAAACGGCUUAGCUAAAACGCAGCGUUCAGUUUCUUUAUUAGUGUUAGUUACUUACAGAACAAUAGAAUAGUGACACCUGG